CUCUAAUUAGUGAUGCAUGAUUUCGUCCUAAUACUUUUCUAUACUUUUGUACAAGUAAAGUUGGCAGGUUUGUAAAAAACUGGGCAGUGAUGGGAAAUCCAAUCGAGAUAGCCGUAAGCGCGUCAAUCUUUACUACUCAAGGUUACAGCAGAAGCAAGAUUCUCUUACCGGAUGUUUGCCAGCUUGAAAAAAUUCGCAUCAGACACAGGUGUUUGUCUUAUCACUCCCAUCAGUUGGUACCAUACUUGCUGCACCACCAAUUCGCACAUCUCAUCAUAUUUUAGUCAAACUAAAACGUGUGCCGUACCAGAA